GGCACUAGAGGCAGCUCGCGAUCGAGAAUCAAGAGGCGUCGCUGCACGUCAUAGCAACUUGUCCUUACCAUCUGCCUUCCUCCCUACUAUCCGCACCCACCCCAAUCCACACCCGCUGCGAUACCCAUACCGCUUGCGCACCCCAUCUCCAGAUUACUCAGCUUCUCAAUACAUUAUACGCGCCCAUCUCCCUUCCCCUGGCUCCCGAGGUUCAUCGCGACCCUGCCUAGGUACCCCGUAACCGCGGAUCCGAUUACCAACCCUGGAAGACACGACCACCACCCAAUACCUACAACCCACACGCGCCCGCCAUGUCUGUCGAGCUCGACCCCGUAGAGCUUGGUUUCAAGCGACCCUUCCAGCACGAGGUGUCGCAGACCCUCCGCUUGAAGAACCCGCACUCUGACCCCAUUGCUUUCAAGGUGAAAACAACGGCUCCCAAGCAAUACUGUGUGAGGCCGAACAGCGGACGCAUCGAGCCUGGGAAAGAUGUCGAGGUUCAGAUUCUCCUCCAAGCCAUGAAGGAAGACCCACCCCCAGAUGCGAAGUGCCGCGACAAGUUCCUUGUGCAGUCUGUACUCGUCACCGCCGACAAGGAGUUCACCAACGUCGGGUCUUUGUGGUCGCACAUCGAGCAGACCGCCAAGUCUUCCAUCCAAGAGAAGAAGAUCCGAGUCCUCUUCCUCGCACCCGACGAUGCCUCCUCCAGCGCAACUCCUGCGAGAACCAACGGCGUUAGCCGCGAUUCGAUGCUUUCCUCUCCAUCACCCGAGGCUGUGACUCCUCAGCGCGGCGUAUCGGACGCUUCUGGACCUGUCUCCGUUCCCUCGGAGCGCCCGUCAGGAAGCAAAGACUUGGGCGAGAUCAGGAACGAGACCUACAACCCCUCAUCGAGCGGUAACAUGCAGUCGAGCUUUAGCUCUGCCGCCGGAACUGUCUCCAAUGCUCUGCCAUCCUCAAGCGAUGUAGAGGCUCAGCUUGCUGAAGCCAAGGCUCAGAUUGCGCGAUUGACACAGCAGGUCAGCGAAGCCACUGGUCUUCGCCAGCGGAAGACAGGAUCCGCGCAAGACACGAAGCAAGGAGUUUCGACCUCCAUGGACACACGGCAAGCCCCCGCCGGCGGCGUGUCUGUCCAGAUCACAGCCCUUCUUUGCCUUAUCAGCUUCCUGAUUGCUUAUUUCCUCUUCUGAGCGUCCUUCCACACUACCUGACCCAGGACAGCCAGUGAAGCACCGUGCGCCAACAGCGACCCCGGAUCUACAUUGUGCGGAGACGGCGGGAAGUCGGGCGUCAUCUUUUAACAUGCGAAGACGAAGAAGUAGGUCGGUGGUAUGGCGUGGGACGAUAGGAUGGACAACUGCUUUUCUCUUUCAUGUGGGUAUUUCUUGCUUGGAUGGAACUAGGGCUGUUCGUUGGUUACACAUACGGAGUGGCAGCUGCUAGGGAAGCGUGAGCACAUCCAUGUGGAAGCGUCCAUGUAUCAACAGCUACAUAAUUCGGAGUAGCAAAGUCUUGAAAUUGUUUAUCAAAAUUAAUGUCUACGUAUACUUGUA